AUGAAUGAAUUAGAAGAAUAAGAAGUAUCACAUUAUUCAACAAUAUAAUAAAAUGAAUUAAAAUCAGAAAUAUAAGUUGUAUCUCACAAAGAAGAUCAUUCUAUAAUAAAAUCAGACAGUAUAAUAAACUUUCAUGAUAUCUUAACUCAGAUAGGAUUUGGAAGAUUUUAAAUAAUGUAGUACUUUGUAUCAAUAAUUUUGGGAAUAAUGGAAGGGGCAUAAAUUACUAUUUUUACUUUGAUGGUACCGAUAUUAAAAAAAGAAUGGGAAAUAUCUGAAUCUAUAGUGUCUUUAUAAACAAGUUUUAUAUUUAUAGGCUUUCUAGUUGGAUCAAUGUUAUCAGGGCAAUUCACUGAUCGAUAUGGUAGGAAAUUACCAUUCAUUUUUAGUUCAUUAUUGACAGUACUGAUAUGCUUCGCUACAAUUCUCUGCACUAAUGUAUAUCAGCUAUUGAUAAUGAGAGGAUUUAUGGGUAUUUUUGUAGGUUUCUUUGCUCCUUGUUGUGUAACUUUAUUAUAAGAAAUUACUCCAAACAAAUUAAGAGGUUAAAUGACAGGAUCUGUUACAUUAAGCGUUGCAAUAGGUCAAUUGUACGGUUUUUUCAUGGCAUCAUUAAUUAUGGAAGGAAUAAAUGGAAGUUGGAGAUGGCUUACAUUUUUAGGUUCUUUGCCAGGAUUGGUUGCUUUGAUAUUAUCUUUAAUAUAUAUUGAAGAAUCUCCUAGAUAUCUACUAUUAGAAGGCAAGUAUUAUGAAGCUUUUUAAACUUUAAAAUUGAUGAUUAGGACUAAUAAAGCUACAGAGGUUAUAAUCUGGUCAUUAUAUAUGAACAGUAUAGCAAAAAAAACAGAGCAUGCAUCAUUUAAAAGUUUGCUCAAUGGAGAAAGAUUAUAGGUUUCAUUAGUUUUAUGGAGUAUUUGGUUUUUACUAUGCUUUUCUUAUUAUGGUAACCUAAUGACUAUGCCUUAAAUACUAUAUCAACUUAAAGAUGACGAAUCUUAAUUAUAGCAACUAGUCUACGCUUGUUUAAGUGAUAUUCUGGGUGCUAUUUUAGCUACUUUAAUUAUAGAUAUCAAAGGAUUGGGUAGGAAGAACUCAUUAAUUAUUGGAUUCCUCAUAGCAUCAGUAUUCUCAUUUUUAUAACUUUAUGAAUAUCAUAAGCAUUUUGCUAUUUUAGCGAUUUUACAAAAAUUGUUUCUCUCCAUGAAUUAUAUCUUCUGCUAUCAAUUAACAACUGAGCUAUAUCCUACUAAAUUAAGAACUACAGGAUUAGGAACUGCAGUCGCUAUAGGAAGACUGGGUGUCAUUUUGAUGCCAUGGUCUUUAUCCAAUCAUUGGUCCAUUUCUCCUGUUUUCCAUAGCUUCCUUUUUAGGAAGUAUUUUUGCUUGUUUUAUUCACUUGGUAAGAGUUUAGAUAACAAUAAUUGA